UGGAGCAGCUGAGAGUAAGAGGCAACGAGUGAUAAAACAAGUAGCAAUCGCCUAGUACAGAGUGUAGCUGACAGACACUGUGCAUCACUUCUAUACAGCUAUGCUGGACAUGGACUCUCCCCACUGUAACACAAGGAUGGAAAUAACAGAAAAGCAACAAGGCAUUGAAUCUGCAUGGCACGGAGCUGCUGAAAAGGGGGACUUUGAAGCAGUGGAAGCUCUUAUGUCAAUGAGUUACAGUUGGAAAUCAGCCCCUAAAAAAACAUCUGAGCUACGGCCUAUCACACCAGCUUCUGACAUGUCAGAAUAUGAGGACAACAUGUCAAAUACUUCAGAGUUCAAUUCCAUCUCUGCGUUUUGUUUAACGCCUCCAUACAGCCCUUCGGAAUUUGAGUUGUCUCAUUCUCCAGCACCAAUAAAUGAGAAGUCCAGGCAUUUCAGUAGUAUGGCUCAUAUACAUGAUGCACAUACUUUUGUAGAAACUGUGGCUCAGCCUACACAAGAAAUACAGAUGAAAGCACAGGUGACAAGUGUGAUCCGCCAUACAGCUGACGCACUAAAGUAUACUCGACAUGCUGUUGUGCCAAAAACUUGCAGUGACAAACUUAUGAACAAAAACAUUUAUCAGAAAGUGGAGCCGUGGAAGAACAUUUUGCCAAGUGCAAUUGUGCAGACACCGGCUGAUGCAGCAAAAGAUUUUAAAAUGGCCAAUACUGAACAAAUAAAAACUGAGACAGUGGCAACCCCUAUAUUCCCACAAAUGCAAAAUGAAAGUAGUAACAUGCUAUCUACCUUUAGUAAUAGCAAGAGAUCUCCAGCAGAUGCUGGUAUAAUUUCUGUGCAAACACAACAUCCUUCACUGCAAGUAUCGACACCUUUACCUCCCAAUAAAGUCUCACAGAUGCCAGUCUUUUGCCAGAUGGUGCCCAUUUCUUCAAAUAACUCUGUAAUGACCACAGUUAUUGCAAAUUCUACCCCUACACACCCUCCUGCAGUAAUGCAACCUUUAUUUUACAUGGGUGCACCAGUCCAGAAGACAGCAGUUAUGUUUGUAAUGCAGCAGCCAAUUGUACAGAGUUCAAAGACUAUUCUCACCAAUGGCACCAGAUUGUCACCUAUUGCCCCUGCACCUGGCAUUGUACCUUAUGAGACAAAGGUUUCCUCACAUGUAGACAAUUCACGAAUCAGAAGUCACGUAUGCAGUCACACGGGAUGUGGAAAAACCUACUUCAAGAGUUCCCACUUAAAAGCUCACAUGAGAACUCACACAGGAGAAAAGCCAUUCAGCUGUAGUUGGGAAGGCUGCGACAGGAAAUUUGCUCGAUCUGAUGAACUUUCUCGUCAUCGAAGAACACACACUGGAGAAAAGAAAUUUGCUUGUCCAAAAUGUGAUAGGCGUUUUAUGCGCAGUGAUCACCUGACAAAGCACGCAAGACGUCAUCUUUCAACUAAAAAGCUUCCUACGUGGCAGAUGGAAGUGAGCAGAUUAAGUGACAUUGCAAUACCGCAGGCAACAGCCCCAAUUCAGUGAAACCAGAGAGAGCAUGCACAUUGUUGUUAAACUUUCUCGGCCUAUCUAUUGGUGGUAACCUCAGGAUCGAGCCAUUUCAGCUUAGUUGUGGCUGUAAUUCUAGUUCUCUCGGGAGACAGAUAUGUGAAGUAAUGACAGCAGUCACAUAUAGUGCCAUGUUUGCAAGCACUUGGUUCCCUGCGAUGUUCUUUUUCUUACUAUCAUUUUUUUUUUGCACUGGACAUAGGAAAGUGUAGUAAAUGGACAUUGUGAGAUACAGCUGGGUAAACGAUGCUCCCAGGUCAAAAUAACAUAUAGAGUACAAGUAGUUUUCAAUGCAAAUUAUAUUUUGGACAUUUAGCUCUAUGACUGGGUUAAUAAUGUGAUGUUGUUUUGUAUUUUUGUAAAACAAUUAAGCAAAAUGUACACCUAUAAAAAUGUUUGUAUUAAAAAGAGAAAAAAAGCUUAGUUAUCUCUUACUAAGCUUUACUGCAGAUUGUAUGAUGCAUAGAACAAUUUCUUACAACAUAGCAAGUAAUUGAGGAGUGAGGUUUUGUUUUUUUCACAGUACAACAGAUAGAAGAUGAAACAUUAACAUUAAUCCAAAGGAGAAGCUGUGCUUUUCUUUUAUGGGCUUCCAUCACUUGGAUUAUGAACCUUAUCUCAAGUGUUUUUGUUUUUCUCAGGGCAUUUCAUAUAUUUAGAUGGAAGUUAAUAUUGUUCAUAUACAUUGUUUUAUUCAUCCGUACUGCCUAAUUACUGGACUUAAAAAUAUAUGUAAAAAUAAAUAAAUAGGAACCCCCUUUGACAAUUCAUUUUUUAAUAUAUUUAAGGUUUAGCUUAUGCAAGAGCUGGGUUUCUAAUAACAUCUAGUUAUUUAUAUUCAUGCAAACCCAACACUUUAAAUCUUACCGCCAUUCCAUGUAGACACCUGAUUUAAUUAGAUAAGCACUUUUGAGAAAUACCCUGAUAUUUUUUUGUUUUGUUUUAGUAUUCUAAAGAACUACUGAUGACUUUUUUUUUUUUGUUUAGUUUGGCUGGCAUCUUUUGAACUAGCCUUACAUCUGAAAGACUCUAAAUGGUUUGAGUUGGCUCAACACCGAACUAUAAUAUUCAUACCUAAUUUGUUGUACUUUACAAUAUGUUCCAUAUCAACUCUCAUCACAUUAUUCGUAACAUUAGGUCUUAAAAGGAGUAAAGUUUGGUAUUGGACAGCCAACAAAUUUAUGACGUUGCAUUAAAGCGAUUACAAAGAAUUGGCAGUGAGCUACAUUUUAUAUUCUUGCCUUUUGUGGGUGCAAAGAUUGUCAAUAAGUUACUGAAUGACAACCCUGAAAUCUUCAAACAAUAAGUUGUGCUUUAAAUCUCACCUCACCACCAUUCUUUUUUCUCAGAAUGCAUUGUGCAUAAAAUGAUGCAUGCAUGCCAUGUUUGUCUCUCGGCAUGCAUUUUCUGAGUUUAAUGUUUUGUAUACAUUUCCAUGCUUUCAGAUGUUUACAUAGUUAUGAGAACACCCCUUGUAUGGCGGUUGAAGGGUUGGACAUUUGAUUUUUGCCCCACAUUUACCAAAACCUUUUUUUUUUUUUUCCUGUUGUAAAUACUUGAUGUUUUCAAAAGUGACCAAGGAAACUGCAGGUUUCGGUUGCUUAUUGUCAAUCCCUAUAAUUUAAUAAAUAUUAAACCUUUUUUAUAUAUAUAUUCUGCACUUUGGUCACAAAACUUCUUUGAUAUGAAUAUGUUUAUCUAAGCAGCUCGAUACGAUAAUUUACAUAUUAAACCCUGGUUGAAUAGUUUUAUGUUGUAUACCAUGGAAUAUUUUACAUAUAUUUUCACGUUUCAAGCUUUAAUUAAGCAUUUAUUUAUGGUUUAAUAAACGUGUGCACAGUUUUGAGAAACGUAAAUGUUGAACAUUAAUGUAAUAGAGGCAUUUGUGACUACAAUAUUUGCACAGUAUUUCUAUGUUUUACUUUAUACUUGUUCAAAAUUAAAGAACAUUUUUGUAUCAAUUCAA